AUGUCGGCCGGCUCGUCAAACAGGGCGGCGACAGCCGUUCAUGGCUCGUCGCGCUCCGCCUACCGUCUGCCCACGCUGUCAUCCGAAGCCAACAAGAACGUGCUCUCGCUCCUGCGUCUCAUCAUCAUCUUCCUGAUCGCCGGUGCCGCCGUCUCGUCGCGUCUCUUCGCCGUGGUCCGCCACGAGAGCAUCAUCCACGAGUUCGACCCCUGGUUCAAUUUUAGGGCCACCAAGGUGCUCACCACCGACGGCUUCUACCGCUUCUGGAACUGGUUCGAUGCCACCGCCUGGUAUCCGCUCGGCCGUGCUGCCGGCGGAACCGCCUAUCCCGGUCUCAUGGUCACCUCCGGAGCCAUCUACAAUCUCUUUCACUCGCUCAACAUCCCCGUCGACAUCCGAAACAUCUGCGUGCUGCUCGCACCCGCCUUCUCCGGUUUGACCGCGUGGGCCACUUACAUGUUCACCGCAGCCAUGAAGGACGAUGCAGCCGGUCUGCUCGCCGCCGCAUUCAUCGGUAUCGCGCCCGGAUACAUCUCGCGUUCGGUCGCCGGAUCGUACGAUAACGAGGCCAUCGCCAUCUUCCUGCUCAUGAUGACCUUCUACCUGUGGAUUAAGGCGCUCAAGGACGGCUCCGCACUCUGGGGCGUGGCUACGGCGCUCUUUUACUUUUACAUGGUGGCCGCCUGGGGUGGCUACGUGUUCAUCACCAAUAUGAUCCCGCUGCACGUGCUCGUGCUCCUCCUCAUGGGCAGGUUCAGCUCGCGCCUCUACGUGUCCUACUCGAGCUUCUACGCGCUCGGCACCCUUGCUUCAAUGCAGGUGCCCUUUGUCGGUUUCCAGCCCGUGCGCACCAGCGAGCACAUGGCUGCACUCGGCGUCUUUGGUCUGCUCCAGCUCGUCGCCUUUGUCGACCUCGUCCGAUCCCACGUGCCCGGCAAGCAGUUCAGGCUGUUGCUCGUCGGCUUUGUCAUCGUGGUCGCCACGCUCGCCUUUGGUGCACUGGUGGCACUGACCUAUGCCGGCUACGUCGCACCUUGGACCGGCCGCUUCUAUUCGCUCUGGGACACGGCCUACGCCAAGAAGCACAUCCCCAUCAUCGCAUCGGUCUCGGAACACCAGCCUCCCGCAUGGCCCGCGUUCUUCUUUGACCUCGAGAUGCUCAUCUUCCUCUUCCCGGUCGGCGUCUUUUUGCUCUUCAAGGAGCUGCGCGACGAGCACGUUUUUGUCAUCAUCUACGCCGUCAUGGCGAGCUACUUCGCCGGCGUCAUGGUGCGUCUCAUGCUCACGCUCACGCCCGUGGUCUGCGUCAGCGCUGCCAUCGCCAUGAGCACGCUGCUCCAGACCUACCUCGACCCCAAGGAGCCCACCCCCAUCGACGCUGCCAACGAGCCCGACUCGGACAGCAACGACGAGCCGGUUGCCAAGGCGACACGAUCGGCCAAGAAGGCCGCGGCCAGCGUGACCGCGAGCGUGAGUGCGGCGGUCGAGGGAUCGGACUUGGAUGCGUCGCGCCCCGCAUCGCCGCAGUUCGGCGCAUCCUCGUACGUCAGCUCUAAGUUCGGCGUGUUUGGGCUGGACUCGCGCUUCUUUGUGACGAUCUACUCGCUGCUGUUGCUGCUGGUGUUUGUGCUGCACUGUACGUUUGUAACGUCGACGGCCUACUCUUCGCCGUCGGUGGUGCUGGCCUCGCGCAAUGCCGACGGCUCGCAGCACAUCAUCGACGACUUCCGCGAGGCGUACUACUGGCUGCGCCAGAACACCCCCUCGGAUGCCAAGGUGAUGUCGUGGUGGGACUAUGGCUACCAGAUUUCGGGCAUGGCGGAUCGUCCGACGCUGGUGGACAACAACACGUGGAACAACACGCACAUUGCCACGGUGGGCAAGGCCAUGUGUUCGCCCGAGGAAAAAUCGUACCCGAUCCUGCAGAAGCACGACGUCGACUACGUCCUCAUCAUCUUUGGUGGUCUGCUGGGCUUUUCGGGUGACGAUAUCAACAAGUACCUCUGGAUGAUCCGGAUCGCACAGGGCGUUUGGCCCGACGAAGUGCGCGAGGCCGACUUCUUCACCCCCCAGGGUCAGUACAAGAUCGACGAUGGCGCGACAAAGACGAUGCGCGAGAGUCUCAUGUACAAGAUGAGCUACUAUCGCUUCAACGAUCUGUUUGGCGGUAGGCCGGGGAUGGAUAGGGUGAGGCAGAGUCCUGGACCCACCAAGAGCCCCGAGUUGGACUACCUCGACGAGGCGUUUACGUCGGAGAACUGGAUCGUGCGCAUCUAUCAGGUGAAGAAACCGGAUGCGCUCGGUCGAGACCUACCCAGCGCGAAAGGGUUCGAUGCGGGUAAGCGUCGCAAGCGCGCGUUUGCCCUGCCUGCCUCCGCCUCGGCUUCCGCGGGUACAGAGCAAAAGACAAGAAGGAAGAACAAGUAA